AUGAAUGCGGCAGCCCUUCUCGGUAAUUUGUUCCAGAACCCUCCACCAACAGUCUCCAAAAGAACUGUAUCCUCACCGCCCCUCGGCGCUAAUAAUCCCUCCAGUCAUUGCAGAAACCCUAUACGAUCGCCCCAUCCCCAUGCGACUCCAUCUCUCGUGAUUGAAACCGUCGAAGGCCAGACUUCGGAUGAAUCCGUUGCUCGUCGCCUGAUUCUGCUUCGGCAUGCAAAGAGCUCCUGGGAAGAUCGUUCUCUCCGUGAUCAUGAUCGCCCUCUAAGUAAAGCUGGACAAGCUGAUGCUAUCAAAGUUUCUCACAAGCUCCAACAGUUGGGUUGGAUUCCAGAACUUAUUUUAUGUAGUGAUGCAGCGCGAACACGAGAAACGCUAAAAAUUAUGCAGGAGCAAGUGCGAGGCUUUCUGGAAGCGGAGGUACAUUUCAUUUCAAGCUUUUACUCCGUUGCAGCAAUGGAUGGGCAAACAGCUGAGCAUCUUCAACAGGUCAUCAGUAAAUAUUCGAAAGAGGAGAUACUUACAGUCAUGUGA